AUGAACUAUGGCCGUCCCAUUUGUCAAGAGAACACGAAAGGAAUGAUAGAAAUCUGCGAGAAGGUGCCGCGAACGACGAUUAGGUCGGCUGAAGAAAGUCGGCAUGGCCCAGUUCUGCCAGGACUUCUCACACGGACGUCAGAUCUCAUCUGCGCGCCGUUUGAUCGCAUCUUGGCGUGGAAGUUCUUCCGAUGGGUCGGAGGAAGUCGUCGGUUCCUUUGGGGAAGUCAAACAGUCGAAUAG